UUUUUUAGUUGCUCAUAAUGACAAGCAAAGAAAUGAAUGAAGACUAUCCAGUAGAAAUUCAUGAGUAUUUAUCAGCAUUUGAGAAUUCUAUUAGUUCGGUGGAUGAAAUGUUGAAGACCAUGAUGUCUGUUUCUAGAAAUGAGUUGCUGCAGAAGCUGGACCCACUUGAACAAGCAAAAGUGGAUUUACUUUCUGCAUACACGUUAAAUUCAAUGUUUUGGGUUUAUUUGGCAACCCAGGGAGUUAAUCCUAAGGAACAUCCAGUAAAGCAGGAAUUGGAAAGAAUCAGAGUAUACAUGAACAAAGUCAAAGAAAUAACAGACAAGAAAAAAGCCGCCAAGCUGGACAGAGGGGCAGCCUCAAGAUUUGUGAAGAACGCCCUUUGGGAACCCAAACAGAAAAGUGCAUCAAAUGCUACCAAUAAAAGAAAAAGUAAAAAUUAACGUCUUUAUUUUAGUGCACA